AUGAGUCAGCAUACCUCUACAUAACCUAAUUACCUCAGUCUAAUUAAAAACGUUCAUCAUCGUUAGGGCAUUCUGGUGUAGGCCGUCCAAUCUAUGAGUCUAAAAUGGAUCGCUCUUGUAGUGUUUCUUUGCAGACGACGGCUUCGAACUACUGGGACUGGCGAAAUAAGAUGUCACGUCUCUCUCAGUUCUACACCGUCGAGGUGGGCGAUACCAAGUUUACCAUUCUGAAGAGAUACCAAAACCUCAAACCCAUUGGAUCUGGAGCCCAGGGCAUCGUCUGUGCUGCCGUGGACACGGUGACCCAGCAGAAUGUGGCCAUCAAGAAACUCAGCCGCCCCUUCCAGAACGUCACGCACGCCAAAAGGGCGUACAGGGAGUUCAAGCUAAUGAAAUUAGUUAAUCACAAAAAUAUUAUCGGGCUGUUAAACGCGUUUACGCCCCAAAGAACGUUAGAGGAAUUCCAGGACGUCUACCUAGUGAUGGAACUGAUGGACGCCAACCUCUGCCAGGUCAUCCAGAUGGACCUGGACCACGAGAGGAUGAGCUACCUCCUCUACCAGAUGCUCUGCGGCAUCAAACAUUUACACUCCGCAGGAAUCAUACACAGAGACUUAAAACCCAGCAACAUAGUUGUGAAAUCGGACUGCACCCUGAAGAUACUGGAUUUCGGUCUGGCGAGGACAGCGGGCACGACCUUCAUGAUGACGCCUUACGUGGUGACGCGGUAUUACCGCGCCCCCGAGGUGAUCCUGGGCAUGGGGUACACAGAGAACGUGGACAUUUGGAGCGUGGGGUGCAUCAUGGGGGAGAUGAUAAGGGGGGGAGUGCUGUUUCCCGGCACCGAUCACAUAGAUCAGUGGAAUAAGAUCAUCGAGCAACUGGGCACCCCCUCGCCCCAGUUCAUGGUGCGGCUCCAGCCGACCGUUCGCAACUACGUGGAGAACCGGCCCCGGUAUCCGGGCUUCAGCUUCGAGAAGCUCUUCCCGGACGUGCUCUUCCCCUCCGACAGCAACGAGCACAACAAGCUGAAGGCGUGCCAGGCGCGCGACCUCCUGUCCAAGAUGCUCGUCAUCGACCCGCAGAGCAGAAUCUCGGUGGACGACGCCCUGCUCCACCCGUACAUCAACGUGUGGUACGACGAGCAGGAGGUGAACGCGUGUGUAAUGGGUUUGCAGCCGGCGCCCGGCCCGUACGACCACAGCGUGGACGAGCGGGAGCACACGGUGGAGCAGUGGAAGGAGCUGAUCUACCAGGAGGUGAUGGAGUACGAGAGCUCCCACGGCAGGGCCUCGUCCAGCUCCCAGCCCAGCCCGGCUGUCAACAGUGAGCCAAAUGGUACGGAACCGUUACGGUAGAAAAGGUUACUGAAUUGAAGCACAAAUUUAAAUUUCAACUAGUCUAAAAAAAAAAGAGUAUGUAAUAAUUAUAAUACGCCCAUAUAGCUAGUUACUUACAGAACAGGAUAGUGACUAUGGUGUCGAUUAACACUGUGAACAAUGAACAUUUCCAGGGUUCCAACUCUUUCUACUAUCGACAGAACAUUUGCAUUAUCUUUAAUCAGUAUGUGUGAUAUAUGAAAACAAAAAAAAAUGACGCUGGUUUGUGUUGUUCAUUAAUUUCUGUGGUUUCCCAAACACGAACCUGUCUGUAUUGAUAUUAUUUCCGAUUACGUUUUUUUUUAUGGAAAAAGUGAGUUUACGUCAAUAAAAAAAAAUCGAUUGGAUUUUUU